CUUCAAACCAUUGUGUUUUCUUUCAGAGUUGAUGACAUGUUAAUUGUUGGCAAGAAUGCAGAAAGAAUUACUCAACUGAAGAUACAAUUGAGCAAACCUUUUGCUAUGAAAGACUUGGGGCCAUCAAAACAAAUUCUUGGCAUUCGGAUCACUCGAGAUAGAGCUUUGAAGAAGCUACACAUGUCACAGGAGCAAUACAUCGAGAAGGUGCUUCGCAAAUUUAACAUUGAUAAAGCUAAAGAGGUUAGUUCUCCUCUUACUACCAACUUCAGGUUGACAGAUAAAGAUUAUCCAUCUUCUGAGAAGAAGAUUGAAGAGAUGGAUAGAGUCCUUUAUGCCUCAGCCGUAGGGAGCUUCAUGUAUGCUAUGGUGUGCACACGGCCUGAUAUUGCUCAUGCAGUAGGUGUUGUUAAUCAUUUUCUGUCAAACCCAGGUAAGAAGCAUUGGGAAGCAGUGAAGUGGAUUCUCAGAUAUCUACGUGGAACUUCCAAAUUGGGGGGAGAUGUGUCAUGGCAAUCGAGACUGCAAAAGUGUGUGGUUUUAUCCACCACCGAGGCUGAGUAUGUGGCUGCAACAGAAGCGUGCAAGGAGCUAUUAUGGCUCAAAAGAUUUAUGCAAGAGAUUGGAUUUAUGCAACAGCGCUACGUGGUUCUUUGUGAUAAUCAAAGUACUAUUCACCUUGCUAAAAAUUCUGUUUCACAAACGAACCAAACAUAUUGAUGUGAGGUAUCAUUGGAUUAGAGAUGCAUUUGAAGACAAACUGUUUGAACUUGAUAAAGUUCAUACCGAUGAUAAUGGUGCCGAUGUUGACACAGGUCUAGCAAUGGAAAAGUUGAAGAUAUGUUGCUCCAUCACCGGUAUGGCGAACUCUUCCUCAUAAGUCAAAAGGGGGGAGAUUUGUUGGGUUUUUUCUUAAUUUUUUUGACCCAUGAGGAAAUCCCAACUCUUGAGCCCAUUAAAAGUCUUCUUUAGACUUUCUAUUUUGGGAGCUAAUAAUAAAAACGGAUCUGCCAUCUAUCAAAAAUAUAAUGACAGAAUGAGAACAACAGAUUGAGAGAACAAGUCACAAAAACAUGAGCUGAACUGCUCAUCCCGUUUUUCCAGUACACAGCAGCAGAGAAGUUCCUUUUCCCAAAGAUUGAACUAUUGGAUCGUCGUAAUUUUUGGACAGCAGCUACACAGCAUCUGAGCCAACAUUCUGGACGGUGGAGAUCGGGUUUUGAGGUCCGGAGGUCGGGUUCCGUUGGUCUGGACAGUAGCUAUUUUUCUGGUGAUAUUUUUCUUAUCUUGGCUCUACUUUGAUUCCAUACACCUUGAUGUGCUUAGUUCCAAGGAUAUGAUGAUUUUGUAUGCCUCUAGUAUUAUCUAGAGAAGACUUU